AUGAAGGAACCGACCGGGAUCACCGUAGCCCUGGUAACUGUCGUGUAUUUGGUGGCCGUCUACGCGUUGGGCAACAAAUACGCCGGCGAUGCCUACGAGGAAAUGCGUGCCAUGGAAGAUGUGGCUAGACUACGACCAAAGCGAGACUACGACAGCUACGACACAGCUCCGAUCGCCCCGAUCCCACCUCAAAAAAAGCCGUGCGCAUGUAGGCGCGUCUCGGAUAGUUGCCCACAAGGACCACCCGGCCCACCCGGCGAGUCCGGUGAGCCCGGUAGCGAUGGGAUCCCAGGGUUAAACGGACCCAACGGGGUCCCCGGAGGUGCCGCGUUGAAGCAGUGGUUAUCUACACAGUGUGUACCAUGCCCAGCUGGUCUUCCAGGACCACCCGGCCCGGAUGGUGAGCCUGGAAUCGAGGGUCUCGAAGGUUUCCAUGGAGGUCCCGGGGUUCCUGGGCAAGAUGGGGAGCACGGUAACGAUGGAGAGGUCGGCUUCCCCGGUCAACCUGGUCCACCCGGACCGCCCGGUCCAGCCGGAGCUCCAGGCGAAAGCUGUAUACGCCAUAUCGCGACUCCUGGACUCCCCGGGGAACCCGGGAAAAUUGGCGAGUCCGGAAAACCAGGACCUUCCGGCGCUGAUGGCGAGCCCGGAAAUGAUGGCGAAGAGGGUUCGCCAGGCUAUGAAGGAAAUCCUGGACAGCCUGGUGAAGAUGGAGAAGAUGGGACGCCGGGGGCCGAUGGAAUGCCAGGAAGUGACGGUGCCUACUGCCCAUGCCCAAUCAGGUCUUCGCAACUUUUCGGUGAUGGCGGUCGGGAAAUGCGGAGGAAGAUUCAGCAAAUUCUUUUCAGCGACAAUUAC